AUGGUGCAUACUAGUGGAGCAGCAACAUAUCCAUCAGUAGUGAUGAUGAUUCAAGCUCCAUACACACAAGCUAUGAAGAAGAAGAAAGUAUCGACAAUAUUUGCAAUAUCUUUGGUGUUGCUUUUGUUUUUCUACCUUGUCAACAUUGUUGCACUCUUCUUCCUCGUCAACAUUGCCCACGUUAUCUCUAAAUCAUACACCACAUUGUCAUCAUCAACCACCACCACCACCACCACUCCAGAUACAUACAGACAAACAUACAUGGAAGAAAAACUCUGGACACGAGUAUGGGAGAGCCCUGAGCCCAGCUGGUCAAUCACAUGUGAUACUGCCCAUUUUGAGUAUGAUCUCUGUUAUCUCAACCGUCCAACUGUGGUGGAUCCAACGGCUGCAACCUUGUCUUCUGUGGACCCCACAAACAUGACCCCACCAACAGUGAUAAAGAUCCGCCCCUAUCCUCGUAAAGGUCAACCCGAGGCCAUGCAAAAAACCAAGGAGCUUAAACUCACCACAACCCCACUCAAUACUACCUGUGCCAUCACACACACUACCCCAGCCCUAGUAUUCAGUGCGGGCGGCUUCACUGGAAAUGUCUUCCAUGACUUCAAUGAGGGUUGGAUUCCUCUCUUCCUCACCGUUGAUGAACACUUCAUCGACCGCGAUGUCAUCCUCGGGGUCAUCAACUGCAGUGAUUGGUGGCUGAUCAAGUACGCCGAGUUGUUCUCACACUUCACGCGCCACCCCAUCAUCAACCUUGACAAAGAAACCGCCACCCAUUGCUUCCCAUCAGCGAUCGUAGGGCUCAAAACACACGGGGUCAUGAUACUGGACCCCACAUUGCAACGAAGGCCCCACCCGAAGACAAUGCACGAUUUUCGAGCCCUCUUAGCAAAUGCAUACAAUAAUAAUAAUAAUAAUAAUCCAGGUCAUUCAAGCCAUGCAGGCCACGUACUGCCAACUUUCUCAUCAGGACCUCGGCCGAAGCUGGCGUUUUUGAGCCGCCAGGACACCCGGAGGCUACAAAACGCCGAGGAAGUCCGGCAGGCCGCGGAGGAGGUGGGGUUUGAGGUGGCAGUUUUUGAGGUAACGGCUGGAACCUCGAUGCGACAGCUGUUCAAGCUGAUUGACAGAAGCCAUGCAAUGGUGGGGGUCCAUGGAGCAGGACUGACACACCAGCUGUUUAUGCGGCCAGGGGCGGUGUUGGUGCAGAUUGUGCCGAUCAACACGGGGUGGUUGGCCGACAUGUGUUACGCGAAGUUGGCAGUUCGAUUGGGGUUAGAGUACAUAAAUUAUGAAGUUGGGAUACAUGAGAGUAGCUUAGAGGCUGAUGAAUUUGCUCUGAAGGAGUUCUUGGAUCCGCACGAUCCAGCUUCGACAUUGAUGGGGAAUUUGACAAAUUGGUAUAGAUAUAUGGAGCAAGAUGUGAAGAUAGAUGUGGUUAGGUUUAAGAGGUAUAUGAAGAGAGCUUAUGAAAAGGCUGAGAUGUUCAUGAACAAACAAAGUUUGUAUGCCGAUAUAUAA